UCAUCUGUAAGAAAACUGAAAAAUAGAAAAUGGGGAAAAGUGAGACAGAGGGAGAGAAGGAGGUAGGUCUCUUGCCCUACAAUAUCUGCCUAAUCCUAUAAUUCUCAAUUUUCAAAUUAGUUUCCUAAAACCAAAAUGAGCAAGGAAAAUAAAAGAAGAAAAGAUGAUUAUGAUGAUCCAUCUGAAUGACUAAAAUGGAAAGUUAUGCUCUAAAGUGGAAAUAUCCCUUAGUCCACAGGUCUUACCUCCUUUUUCAUCUACUUUAUGCACACACAAAAAACGAUCAUGUAUCCUUAAUCUACUUUAUUCACAUCAUGAUGAUCGCCAAUAUCUACCACCUUCCUAAUACAUAGAUUACCACCUUCUUCAUCUACUUCUUCUUAUAUACAUGAACCUCACACGUUUUAGAACACUAGAUUUUGAGGCUCGUGUAUAUAUCAAACUAAUCUAUGUAUCUGUGUGAUUUUUUUUUUGAACGACCGUGUGUGAAUCAAGUAUAUAUUUAUUGUAUGUAUAAGAUGGUAGAUUGCAGUUGUAGGUGUGUAAGAAGAGAGAAUCUAGUGGGCUGCAAAAAAGGAGAGAAAAUGACAGAGCAUGUGACAAGAGACAGAGAAACAAACAGAGUAGUGAACAGUCUUACUCUCUUUUAAUGAACCCAACUCUCUCUGAAUAUUUCUGAUUCUUCACAUGUCUUUCUCUUCUUUCUUAUUCCCUGUUCUAUAAAACUGAUGCCUGCAAAAAUAUUUAAUAAAAACGACAAAAUAUUUAACAAUUUAUUUUAAAGAGAAAAGGUAUUCACUUCACUUGCAAGUUGCAACCAAACAAACCUAGUCCCCCUCUUUAUCCAAUGGUCUCUUCCUUGCUCUCUACUUCUCAUCUAAACACCCUUUUCUUUCUUCCUUAUUUACCAUUUUGUGACCCCUAAAGAAAAGACAGACACCACAUUUUCCUAUAUAGCUCAUCAGAAUAUAAAAUUAAUAAUAUAAUUAUAUUAUUAAUGAUAUUAAUAUUAUUUGGCUAAAAACCCCACUUGACAUAUUUUACUAUUGUGGGUGCUCUUAUGAUUUUAGUUUUGUUUUUGUAGUAAGUCAGCAAAGCUUAAAUAUUUAAUCUUUAGUUAGAAAAAGUUUGGUUCUUUCUUCUCGAGUCAGAGAUUUGUGCAGAGAUACGAGAAUAAGCUCUUCGCCAAUUUGUUUUCAACACAUCUAUCAGUUAUUUUCAUGUAUUACGACAGUAAUAUCACGGCACACCAAAUGUAAUAAAAAUGAACUCAGUAAAUAGGAGAAAUGACACUCAUUUUUAGGCUAUGAAGUGUUGGGAUACAGCUUAAAUUUAAAAAAGGGCAGGCUGCUCAAAGAAAGAAAAAAAGAUUGCCACCAAAAAUCAAUGUACUUUUAUUUCACACAACAUAUUUAUGGGUUUAAUGUUAAAGAAAGAUGUGAAGAGAGAGAAAAAAAUUGGGAAGUGAGGAAAGAGUAGUCAGAGAGACAUGAGCAUCAAGUGCUGUAGAAGAAGCAACAGAACACUGGGCCUGAGAGUCUCUUCAGAUUUGCCAGUCUUUAUAUGACCACACUCUUCUUCCCUUCCUUACAUUUUAUCUAUCUAUUAUAACACUCACAAUAUUGGAUAUUUUAAUGUUGUUUUGAUUUUACACAACAUGGCAAAACUCCUUAAAAGCUCUGGUCCUCCUCAUCUGACAAUUUUUUUUUAUUUCUUACAAAGUUAUAUAUAUAUAUAUAUAUAUAUCUUAGAUUUUACUUUAUGAAUGUUGUGUGAUAUAAAUAUUUCAGUUAAAUAUUAAGUAAUAUAAAACCAUGUUUUGACUUUUAUUUUAAAAUUUUCCCCAUGCAAAACCCUAAUUUUAAAUUUAGUUUUAUGGUAAUAGAGUGUGACUAAUUGUAUAGUAAUCUCUAUUAUGUAAUAACUUUUAUCUUCUCUAACUAUAAAAGUAGGUGUGUAUAAAAGAGAAACAGGCCUCUGCAGAGGGAGAAGCAAGCUAGUGUGCAUGCAAACUGCAUCUGAGUAGUAUAUGUUUAGAGAGAGAGAGAGAUAUCAAUCCAGAGGAAAAAGUGACAGAAAGUGGUCUUCUUUGUCUGUCUCUGUCCUAAACUCAGGAACCACUAGCUAAUCUCUGAAUCCAUCAAGAAAGCUACAUAACCCUUUGAGGAAAGCUAGAGAAGAAGAAAGAUGAUGAACCUAAGUGGAACUAGUGGGAGAACAAUAGAGAGGCCUCCAUUUACACCAACACAAUGGCAAGAACUAGAGCAUCAAGCCCUAAUCUACAAGUACAUGGUCUCAGGUGUUCCUGUCCCUCCUGAGCUCAUCUUAUCCAUUAGAAGAAGCUUGGACUCUUCCUUGGUCUCUAGACUUCUCCCUCACCAAUCCAUUGGGUGGGGAUGCUACCAGAUGGGGUCAGGGAGAAAACCAGAUCCAGAACCAGGAAGAUGCAGAAGAACAGAUGGUAAGAAGUGGAGAUGCUCAAGAGAAGCACACCCAGAUUCAAAGUACUGUGAAAAACACAUGCACAGAGGAAGAAACCGUGCCAAGAAAGCUCUUGAUCAGAAUCAGACAAUUGCUCCUUCAACAUCACCAUCUCUUUCUUUCCCCAACAAAGACAACCCAAUAAGCCCCACCUUGUCUUCUUCUUCCUCUAGUUUCAUUGACACUUACAGUAGGUUUGGUGUUGGUAGUAGUAAUAGUAGAGGUUACUUCAACAACCAUUCUCUUGAUUAUCCUUAUCCUUCUUCUUGCUCACCUAAACAACAACAAACUCUUGAGCAUGCUUCUGCUUUGUCACUUCAUCAAAACAAAUCAUCUAUUUCUCAGUUCAAUGUCUUAGCUUCUGAAACUGACCACAAAGACUUCAGACAUUUUCAAGGGAUUGGGGAGAGAACUUUUUUUCCGGAAGCUUCUAAAAGCUUUCAAGAGUCUCCAUACCAUCACCAAGAAGCGCUAGCAACAGCAAUGAACGAUCCCUACCAUGGUAGUAGUUCUGAUCAUCAUCACACAUACUCAUCCUCAUCAUCAUCAUCUCGACAGCGAGAUCAUCACCAACAACAACAACAUUUCGUUUUGGGGGCCGACGAGUUCAACAAGCCCACAAGAACCGUCUUCUCAAACACACCUAGACAAGGUCAUCAAGAAGAGGAGGAGAAAGAUUCACCGAAAAUAAAGAAGUCUCUUCAUCAUUUCUUUGGUGAGGACUGGGCACAGAUCAAGAACACUUCAGAUUCUUGGCUUGACCUUUCUUCCCAGUCAAGACUCGACACUGCUUUAAUUUCCCAGGUAGCUGAAUAAGGUCAGCUAGAUAGGAUCAAUGAUGGGUCUGCACCAACACACACACACAAGUUUGAAACGUUGAAGGGUCACAUUUCAUCUAUUUCCGUGGGACAUUGAGACAAGACACUGUUUGCAGAGACCCUAUAUGUAUACAUUUAUGUCUGAUCUCUCAAUUUUAUCUAUGUUUUGUGUUUAGAGGUCCAACAAGAAAAGUGAUUCGACAUCUGUAUCUGUAUUUCUCUGGCUUUUCUCUAGCUACUGUUUUCUUAUCGUUUUAUUUUAUUUGGUUGUAGCUGAAAGAAACACUAUAUACGUAUAUCGAUUUGUUUCUUAGGACGCAAGCA